UGUGCAUUGGUUACCUCAGUGCGGUGUCAACUUGGCGCCAAAGCGGACGUCUACUCUAUGCCCUUUGACCUAACGUUUUGUUUUGACAAUUCUGUCAUUUAGCUAGAAGGUUUCGCGCGUUUUCGGAACACGUUUGACAUUUUUUUAUUUUAAUUCGGUAUUGAAAGUUCGUACAGUGUUGUGUUGUGGAAUACUUUGGUGUUUUAAAUAUUGUUUUUAUUAAGGAUUGUUUGCAGUUUUAUUGGGAUUGUGUUUUCAAAUUUUAUAAGAUGUCCUAAAAUCAAACUCGACAAAUGAGACAAAACAAAUCUUCAGUACAACAUGAGACAAAAAUAUAAGCCGAGAUGGCGGCGAAAUUCAAACGAUUUCUAAAUGGAAUGUAUAUAGUGCGUGCGCGCAGGGAUGAUUCGAAACUCGAAAAUAGAACGUCCGUUAAAGCGGGUUCGCGCCGGAAACAGCAAUGGCGUCGACCGGAUGCCGGGAUUUUGUUACUGUCUCUCGCCGCCCUUUUUGUCUGUGUUAAUGCUUACCAAGAACAACGUUUCGCAAUGGAACCACAAGAUCAGAGCGCGAUAGUCGGGUCGAGGGUGACUUUACCUUGCCGAGUGGAGAACAAAAUCGGCACACUGCAAUGGACGAAGGAUGACUUUGGUUUGGGCACACAGCGCAAUUUAAGCGGCUACGAGAGGUACUCCAUGAUAGGAAGCGACGAAGAAGGUGACUAUUCUCUAGACAUCAGAGACGUGACUCUGGAUGACGACGGCAAAUAUCAGUGUCAAGUUAGUUCAGGACUGAACGGCGAGCCGGCAAUUCGAUCUCGCUACGCGCAGCUCACGGUGUUGAUCGCACCAGAUCCCCCUCGGAUCGUACAAGGGGCUUUCAUUGACGCCACAGAGGACCAACCUGUGGAUAUCGAGUGCGUUUCCGAAGGUGGAAAACCGCCGGCUGAAAUAACGUGGGUAGACGGAAAUCAAGUUGUUAUAAAAAAGAAUGUUGAAAAUAAAGUGGAAUUGAUGCCCGACGAACAAAGAUAUAAAACGAGGUCAGUGUUGCGGUUGCUACCUAAUAAGGUACACCACAAUCGGACAAUUACUUGUCAAGCACAGAAUACUGCUGACAGAGCGUACAGGAUGGCAACUGUGCAUAUCGAGGUGAAGUAUGCACCAAAAGUGACAGUCAAACUAAAGUCAGAGACAGUACAAGGAAGGAUACCCGAAGGGAGUGAGGCUAGAGUCGGUUGUUCUGUGGACGCAAACCCACCAGCCCAGGUGUACCGGUGGUAUAUCAACAACAACCCAGUUAUUGGUGAUUAUACUGAUGAAAUGAUCAUCUUCAACGUAUCUCGAAAACAUAACAAAGCAGUUGUGAAAUGCGAAGUCAGUAAUGCUGUGGGCCAGAAUGAGGGAACUUUGAACUUAGAUGUAACAUAUCCACCGUCGUUUAGAAGUCGACCAAAGAACAUCGAGGCGGAGGUAGGCACGCGUGUAACAUUGAGCUGUGACGUCGACGGCCAGCCAGAGCCGGGUAUCAGGUGGCUAUUCCACGAACCAGGCAGGAUCGGGCAGGUUAAAGGGAAGGCUUCAAACUUGAAGGUGACCGUGAACAACGAUACCGCGGGCAGCUACAUCUGUAAGGCUAUAGUCGAUGGAUAUCCAGAAGUAGAGAGUGAAGCUACUAUCUUUAUUAAAAGUGUACCGAAAAUCUUAUCGAACAGAACACAAUUUGGUUCAGAAGGUGAGAUGGUGAGAGUUGAAUGCGAUGCUUUCUCAGUACCAAAGCCUGAUGAUAUUAGAUGGUACUUCGAAGGUCGAGAGAUCAGUGUCAUACAAGACCCAGAUUACGCGACUUUAGAAGAGACCUUACCUGACGGCGUUGUUAAAUCUAGUCUAGUGAUACGAGCGAGCCAGUCUAAACAUUACGGACUCUACAACUGCAGUGUUACGAAUGAAUACGGGAAUGCGAACGCGGCUAUUGCUUUGAAGCCUUUAAAAACACUUCCGCUCUUCAUCAUUCUGAUCGGAGUCACCUCUGGUAUUAUUAUCUUCUCUGCUUUCGUCAUUCUUCUCGUGAUAUGCCAUAGAAGAAGAAGAAAGAAGGGUCAACAAAUAAAUGAAAAGCCAGAUGUAACAGUCACCACGGGAGAUAUGUACAAAGAGAGUGAUAGGAGUUCUAAUAUCAGCGAUUUGAAAUUACAAAUUGGUCAGAGUGAAGGCAGUUAUGAAUUGGACUACACGAGUUCAGAUCGUUCUGAGAUAAAGAACCCAGCAGGGCUUCCUCUCGCUGGUCCCGUGGUAAUGCCGAACAUACGACAUGACGAUCCACUUAUGCAAUAUGGAUAUAGUAAUGAUUAUUCGGACCCUACAUACAAUGAUCCAUAUUUUAAGAACCCCGCGGGCUAUGUGUACGACUACCCUCAGGGUUAUGUCCCUCCUCCACAUUUGAGGGUCCAAUCCCCAACACAGUUGGAGGUACCUAAUAGGUCGCUGCAAGGUUCAUUGACGCGCAGUAUUGAUACCACGUCAACUCUUCCUUUGUCAGCCGGCAAUGGAUCUCAAACUAACUCAUUGCAACGAACGAAACCGUCCGAAGAAACCGAUGCGAUAAAUAAUCUAGGACUGCCUUUGGGUGGAGAAAACCCUCCUACGCCGAUCUACGCACAGCCGAACAAUAAAGGCAACGCAGGCAUCGACUUAAGAUAUGCCGCGACUUACGGAAACCCUUAUCUUAGGAAUAGUUCUGUUGGGUACGGAAGUCAAGUGCAUACGGCGAAGCCCGCAGCCACACCUGCGCCGCCGCCGUACUCAGCUGUCAGAAGCUCUGUCGCUAUGCCUCCAGGUACAUAACCGACACCAAAUAUAGGUAACGAAUCUUCGCAAGGAACAAAUGUAUAGCGAAGGCUUUUUCGCCUUGUGUAGGUGAAUUGCUAUCAGAGACAUUUAUGUGCAAAUGUGUAAUUAUAUGUUCCUAAAUAGACUUAUUGUACACGGACUGAAUUGUAAAUAGUGAAAUAGGCUAGUGAAAUGUACAGUUUUUAUAUAAAAUCUGGUCAUGUGACUAAUUUUGGUGUAUUUCAUUACGUGAUUGAGAACAUUUUGCGUUUCGUAAUUGUUUUGUUAAAUUAAAAAUUCAAAAUUCGAAAAAAAAAUAUUGUAUUCU